ACGUUUGACACAAUUGAGAUGCAGUAAAAGUGAGAUGUGGUCUUACAAAUCAAUUACUUCUUUCAGUUAUAAAAAACUAAUUUCUAGCUUCAUUUUCUGCAUGCUAAAGUGAAUAAAUGUUCUUGAUCUGCAUAUUUAUAUAUGUCAUUGGUAGCCAUUGACGUGAAUCUCCGUAUGCCAGGAAGAUGACAGUAGCGCCAUUUGACAGUGCUACUAGUCAGAGUGGGCUUUUCGCGUUGAAUCCGAUCAAGAGCCCUUCCGUUCUUUUACGUGAAGUGCAACGAGGUUAAAACAGCUGUUCUGCUAUAUGGUUGCUUUGACAGAGAGAUCGACUGACCAAGCGGAUGAUUUAUCAAAAAUCCAGGCUCUUAAAUGAUAUCACGAAUAUUCCGUGGGGAAAAUGAGAAUGUCGCAGUUAAACGCAAACGACAAAUCGACACUCUAAAAAUCUUUAAUGACAAUGUAGUAGAGCUCAGAGAAAAUGUGGACUAUCAAGUGGAAUUUCAAGCUGGUGAGAAUCGAAUGGCUAUUAUGGUUUCUUUAUCACAGAAUUUUCCAUUGGAGAAGCCAGUGCUUCGAGUUUCCCCACCGAUAAGUCAUCCCUGGUGCAAUGAACACAGCGAAAUCACUAGUGCACCGGGAUUACUUAAUUUUUCAGUACAUAGUGAUCUUGGUCGAGUUGUUCAAGCUAUUAUCAGAGAGUUCAGCAAAAAUCCACCACAAUUGUUGGAAGAUAUUUCACCUGGCUCUACAAAAUCUCACAGAGACUCUCAGGGAAGAAACUCGCCGUCUUAUUCGCUUCAGCAAUAUCCUACCGAAAUUCCGUCUACGUCGUUCAAUUCGUAUUACAAUACACAGUUUCCACACUUGUCGUCCUCCAGUGCAAACACGUGCAUUUAUAAUUAUAAUUAUACAAACUCCGGUCACACAUAUGUCUCGAAUUCAAAAUCAUUCGGCACGACACACCACUCGGCGUAUGUUACAAGUUCAAGAAACAGUGUUCUGCACAAUGCCACACCUAUGCAGUACACCUCGAAUCAGCACAGCUCUUACAUGAAUUCGCAUUACACGAACGCAAAUUAUCAGCAGCCGUUACCAAAUCAAUCGCAGACAAAUGCACCCCAGAGUAUAAUAUUUCCCGAGUUAAAUAAUUUGACUAACGAGGAAUUGAAGAGGCUUAGCGAAGAUGAAGAUAGGCUAGACGAUUUCCUGGAAAAACAUUCCCAAAUUAAAGACAUAAACGCAGCUGUUGAGGAUGCUAUGGAUUGGGUUGAAAAAACUGCCGAAACUAACGCAACCAAAGAACCGGAACUGAAGCAGUUACAAGCCGACGUAGCAGACAAGGUGAAAACUGUGGCGGUGCUAAAAGCCAGAUAUGAUCAUCUCAUACAACGAUACAACAAGCUGUCCGAGGUUUUCACGCCGGAUCACAUAAAAGAGUGUUUGAGACAAGCGGCGGACGAGAGCCACGAAGAGAGCGAGAAGAUCGCAGAAGAUUUUCUCAACCGGAAGAUCGACGUCGAGCGCUUUCUCAGCACGUAUAUCGAGUGCCGAAAGCUAGGUCAAGCGAGACGAACUAAGGAAGAGAAACUGGCGCACCAGUUAAACGAAUUAAAACGGGCUGGUUUCUGAAAAGAGAGAGAGAUAUAUAUAUAUAUAUCUAUGUAUAAUCAUUUUUUUCUAUGGAUCGAACAAAACUGUAAAUAAGACUUAGUUAAAUUAAACGUUAUUGUGAAUUUAAAUUUAUAGCAUUCGUGAUUACCAAAAUAUCUAAUGUGGUUAGAGAACACGUAUGAGAGAAACGUUUUGCGAUGACCAAACGUGUUGCGUUCGCUCGCUUCUUACUUACGCUACACAUUCUAAAUUACUAAAAGAAAUUACGUAGCACUCAAAAAUUAAAACGUAUAAAUACAAGUGGCGCUAAAAAAAAAUAAAGCGGUUAAAAACCAAAAGUGCUUUAAGAUUAACUUUGAUGGAUGUUACACUACUGUAUUCUGGACAAUUUUACGAGAGAUGAGAAAGCAAUAUAACGAACGGUUAAAAAAAGUCUGUAUUGAAACUCGUGUAACAAGCUGAUUCAAUGAGUACUUAUUCCAUAGUGAAAACAACAUGGCUUUAAUUAUGUUAGUUUUGCACAUGUGACAUGUACCAUCGCGAUCAACUCUGAGGUUUUCUACUGUGUAAAUAAAUGUGCAGGGAUGUAAUUAAAAGCGAUUUUUGAAAAUUUGCUAUUCGGUGA